AUGACUUUACUGCACGCUGUGGCACCUGAUGGGUGCUCUGUUCUUCGUGACUCUGUGUCAAACAGAUACUUGGUGAUAACCGAAUCCGGUUCUUCAAUCUCCGAUAUAAUGCCAGCUCAAUAUGAAUACUCCAAGUUAGUGUUCUCUCCCAUCUCGGCAUUUAUUGGAACCAUAAAGAUGAAAUUGAAUAAAUAUAUGGUGGUUGCUACGUCUCAUGAAGUCACAGGUUCUAUUUUGGGUCGAGAAAUCGCCAAAGUAACCAAUUUUUCAAUUUUACUUGUUGGUGUUGAUCAUAGUGUAGCAGCUCGUUCACUGGAGGAGUCUCAAUAUGUCAGUUUACUAACUCAACAUUUGAAUAAUGCCACACUUUUCUUUUCCAUUGGGAACAAGUACGAUUUGACAAAUUCUUUACAAAGACAAUUGACAUCCUCAUCAUUUUCUGUUGAUUCUAGGUUUUGGUGGAAUUCUUUUUUAUCAGAAGAAGUUAAUGCUGUUGCAGGUUCUGAGCCAUUCAUUUCUCAUAUGAUUUAUGGAUAUUUCAAGUCACAUUCUGCCAUUUUUGACGGGAUUUCUCAGCCAAUUGAAUUUGCCUUGCUCACUCGUAGAUCAAUCUACAGAGCAGGUACCAGAUACUUUAGAAGAGGAGUUGAUGAUAAUGGGAAUGUGGCCAAUUUUAAUGAAACAGAACAAUUCUUUACUACUCCCAAUGGUAAAGAGAUCUUCUCCUUUUUACAAACUAGAGGCUCAGUACCUGUUUUCUGGUCUGAAAUCAACAAUUUGAAAUAUAAACCUAAUUUGGUGAUUUCUUCUAAAUCUGCUUUAGAUGCAACUCAAAAGCAUUUUGAUGAACAAGUUCAACUUUAUGGUGAUAAUUAUUGUGUUAACUUGGUUAAUCAAAGUGGUUAUGAAAAACCGGUUAAAGAUUCUUAUGAAGCUGCAGUGGAAAACUUACCACCACAUUUGAAAGCUCAUGUUAAAUAUAUUUAUUUUGAUUUCCAUCACGAAUGUCGUAAGAUGCGUUGGGAUAGAGUUAAGCUUUUAUUUGGCCAUUUGAAUCAAUUGGGUUACCAUCGUAAUAACUAUUUUCAUUAUGAUGUGGCUAACAAAAAAACUAUCCUGACCCAAAGUCGUGUUGUACGGACCAAUUGUAUGGAUUGUUUGGAUAGAACCAAUGUUGUACAAUCAACUUUGGGUCGUUGGGUAUUACAAGGUCAUUUUGAAGAUUGUGGUUAUAUAAAUGGCAACCAACCAUGGGAAACCAUUGACCCUCAAUUCAAUUUGUUCUUUCAAUCCUUUUGGGCAGAUAAUGCUGAUGCUGUAUCUUGUGCUUAUUCUGGUACUGGUGCACUUAAAACCGAUUACACUAGAACUGGUAAACGUACUAAAGCUGGAGCUUUAAAUGAUCUUUCUAAUUCCAUUACCCGUUAUUAUAAGAACAAUUAUCGUGAUGGGGCUCGUCAAGAUUCUUAUGAUUUAUUUUUAGGGAACUACAGACCUUAUCGUGAUUCCAUUCAUUCUCCAUUCACAGAUAGAAGAACAGCAUAUACUCAAUUAUUACCUUAUUUCAUUGGUACAAGUUUUAUUGUUUUAUUAGCAGUAUUAUUUUUUCCCAAGGGUUCGGUAUUUGAUUUUAGAAAUCUCUUAAUUGUUGGACUGUGUUGUGCCUAUCUGUUGACACUGUUGCGGUUUGUUGUUUCCAAUGGGUAUCAAUUUGUUAAUUGGCCCAAGCUUAACAAGUUGGACUAUUUGAAGUCUGUUGAGCUUGUGGAUAAGGACGGACGGUUAUUGGGUGUAAAAUAUGCUGAACUGGAUCAAUUUAGAUCAAGAUCCAAGAAGAGCAAAUAA